ACAACAAAGCUGCUUCAGAUAACAAGUUUCAUAACGGUGACAGCGGAGAAAACCCACUCUGUUAUAAAGUAAAAACUCACACAGCUGAGGUGUAGCUCCGGGAACUCAUUAAAGCCUAAUUGGAUUCAUCUGAGCACCAAUCAGGGUGCAGGAUAGGUUGCAACGCAAAGUGAACAGCACAUGGCUACAGGUGGUCUCCAAAGCGAAUAGGAUUACCUGCCAGGUCGUAGAACUUUUCCGUCUUGAGGGCCGAAGCCACAGCCCAGCCCCCCCACUGGAUGGCGAGGUCUGCGGCGGCGCACUUCAGCAGGACGCUGCCCAUGAUGAGGUGCUGCAGGGCGGCCAGGAGAGAGUAAAUCUGACCGGGGGAGAUCAUGGAAGUAGUACCACACCUCCUGUUCUUCCUCCUCCUCCUCCUGCAGGAAUGUUACCUCUCUGGCUAAAGUUCACACCUACCAUUGUGAGGAUGGGAGGAGCUGAGCCGCAGGGAACUCUGGGUAGUGUAGUGAUUAGAGGAUCAGUGGAGGCAGAAGUCUGCAGAUCCUUCAGAGUAAAAAUAAAGAAAUGAUACUCCUGCAGACACAAAGUUACUGAGAUUAAACUUAAUCAGGAUUGAAAGAUGGCAGAGAAUCCAAAAGGCAGCUCUGGAGAAUUCGCUAAGAAGUUCCAGCGUCGUCUGAGCCGAGGCAAAGAGAAGGUUCUGCAGAGGCUCGGGAAGACGACGGAGAGCAGAGACGAGCAGUUUGAGUAUUCACUGCUGCAGUUCAACGAUCAACAGACCGACGGGAACCGGAUCUACAAAGACCUGAGGAACUACAUCAACGCCGUCAGAGACAUGCGUGAAGCCUCGCGGCGUCUCUCUCAGUCUCUGUUCGACUCGUACGAGGCGGACUGGGCCGGAGAGGAGGACCUGGGAGGCAUCGUGGAGGGAGAGGACCUGCUGUGGAACGACUUCGAGGUGAAGCUGCUGGACCAGGCCGUCCGCACCAUGGAGUCCUACGUGGGACAGUUCCCCGAUAUCAGGGAGAAGGUGGCGAAGCGAGGCAGGAAGCUGGUGGACUACGACUCCACCCUGCACCACCUGGAGGCUCUGCAGAGCAGCAAGAAGAGGGACGACGUCAAGAUCAGCAAGGCCGAAGAGGAGAUGCAUGCAGCCAGGAGUGUUUAUGAGAGCAUCAACUCCGAGUUGAAGGACGAGCUGCCUGUGAUCUACGACAGCCGUGUCGGAUGCUUCGUGUCGGUCUUCUCUGCUGUCUCACAUCUAAGAAACACCUUCUACAAGGAGAUGAGCGUGCUGAACCUGGAUCUGCAGAGCGUGAUAAAGGAGCUGCAGGCUCAGCACCCGGAGAAAGUGUUCGCAGUGAAGGGUCUGCAGAGGUACGGGUCCCUGAAGAGGCGGACCCUGAUGUCCCCUAAAGCCUGGAAGUCCAGCUUCUCCGAGUUCCAUAAGGGCUACAGCCCCAAACCCUCCCGCUUCAGCUUCAGGUCUCCGGACAAACCCCGCCACGGCACCCUGUCCCGGGAAAGCAGCGCCUCCCUUCCCAUCUCCCCCCACUCCCCCCUGGAGGAUGACCUCGACGCUGUAUCCAACCACAGCGACUCCCUCAGCGAGACCCUCAGUCCUCCUAGAGAGGGGGCGGCUGCAGCUGCAGAGGAGAUCCACCAGGAGGAGGUGAAGCCAGAGGAGCCUCCUGCAGAGCCUCAGGAGGUGAAAGAGGAGGAGAAAGAGGAGGAGAAAGAGGAGGAGAAAAAUGGGGAGAAAGAGGGGGAGAAAAAGGGGGAGAAAGAGGGGGAGAAGGACAGCAGCUCUGAGGGAAACCCCUCCUGUGACUCUGAGAGUCUGGAGCUGCAGCUCAGUGCCGUCGAGGAGACGCUGCACAUCCAGGAGGAAGAGGGGGAGGAGGAGAGAGGAGGAGGAGGUCCCAGAGAGAACGGGCUGCCGAACGGAGACGGAGCUGCGGUCCUCGCUGUCGACCAGGAGGUCAAGAACAAGGUGAGGGAGGCUCCUGCAGAGAAACCAACGUCUGCGGACUCAAAGAGCACAGACGUUUAAAGACUUUAGGUUGGAGGUGAGAGUGAAGGGAGCAGCUGCAGACAGAGAAAUGUGCGACAGCCGCUCUGAACCACCCGCAGUCCGAGGAGAGGCGGACUGGUUUUCUUAUUUAUCUUUUAUUCAAAUCACACACGGUACGGGUCACUUCGUAUUUGUGUAAAAGCCAUAAUAAUAACCUCUCAGAAGGAAGGGUCUUCUCUGCAGGACAGAUUAUAUUCUGUGUAAUGUUCUGCAAACAUAGAUUUAAACUGUUAGAAGACAUUCUCACCACCUGUACUGUACUGCAAGCUAUUUCAAUUAUGUAUUUCAUUUUUCACAAAACCUGAAUCUGUUAGAGAGGCGAGCAGAAGAGAACCCCUGAUGUUAUUCUGAAUUAUGAUGUUUCCACGUUAAAUGUGUUAAAUAUGCAUCUAUAAAUGUAUGGAAUGAUUAUGCAAGGUGUGCACAAUAAAGCUUCCUGUCUUAA